AUGAAUUCUGUGUACUUUUGUGGACCGGUAAGAGGCCAAGGGGCCUAUCCAUUGCAACGCGUCAAUUCGUUAUUUUACGAUACUCACCAGCAGAUGGCGCUGCAGUGUCAGGUUCGUUCAGCGGCCAGUCCGUCAGCCAUACAAACAUUCACAGUGGCUGAGCGCCUGGCAGAGCUCAUCCUCGAGGCGCGCUAUGGAAACCAGCAAAAGCAGCGUCGGAGCCGCACAGCCUUCAGUGUGCCCCAGUUACAAGCGCUUGAAAAGGCCUUUCAGCAAACACAGUAUCCAGAUGUAGGCAUGAGAGAGCGGCUGGCAGUCUGCAUCAACCUCCCCGAGGCCCGUAUCCAGGUGUGGUUCAAAAACAGACGUGCCAAGUUUCGAAAAGGCCAACGCUUCACUCCUCUUCCCAAAGAAGAAAGUCAUGUACCUCGGUGUGCCAGUAAGCAAAGAAAGGAAGCAAUUAAGGACCACGAGAAAGGCUCUAGUUCAAAUUCUUCAUCCUCUGUCAGGGACACUGAUGCCAAUCCCACCAUUUCUUCCCCAACAGACACUUUUAACCUUUUUCCCCACCCCAGACUGCACUCCUCUGCCGUUCUUCCAUACAUUACUGGAGAACAUUACCAGCAACCAAUGCCUCAGACACUUGGGCUGCUGUCUACAGGUCUUCCUUUUCCUUCCGCAUAUUUACCCAUAAUGCAGCACAGCUCUCCUGUCAAUCUUGUGCCAGUUGGAAGAUGCAGCAAUGUCAUGCUUCCGUCUGCCUGUCAAUCCAAAUCCAUGGUUCACCACCACCAGGACAUUUAG